AUGCCGCUGCAGGACGACACCCUCCGAGAGGUGUGGGCCUCGGACAGUGGACAUGAAGAGGAAGGCCAGAGCCCCGAGGUCCAGCAGCGCCCCAAGCAGCGACCCGCCAAGGGGCAGAAGUUGAGGAAGAAGAGGACGGAGGCUCCCGAGUCCCCGGGCCCUAAGGGAUCCAAGCCCCGGAGACCUGCCGCCGGGCGGAGGGGGAAGCCGCGGGAGGAGGCGGCCCCGCAGCCGCCGGAGGCCCGGCCACCGCACACGGUCUACGCCAAGUUCCUCAGGGACCCCGAGGCCAAGCGCGACCCGCGGGAAACCUUCCUGGUAGCGCGAGCCCCGGACGCAGUGGACGAGGAUGAAGAGGAAUCAGAGGCCCACGAAGAGGAAGAGGAGGUGGAGGAAAAGAAAGAGAAAAUCCCUCUGCCACCCAAGAAGGUUCCUAAAGAGAAGACUUCUGCCGGGGUCAAGGAGAGGAAGGCCAAGGCUCAGGGUCAGAAGGGGGACCUGGGAAGCCCUGUCCCCCCAGCCAAACCUCUGCGCAUUAAGAAGGAGGCGCCAGCGGGGGAGGGGCCCAAGAUGAGAAAGACGAAGAAGAAAGGGUCUGGGGAGGCUGACAAGGACCCCUCAGGGAGCCCAGCCAGAGUGAGAAAGAAGACUACAGCAGCCAUGUUUCUGGUUGGGGAAGAAGGGCCAGCUGAGAAAGCUCCGAAGAAGAAAGGCACUUCCAAAGGCCCAGAAGAGGAGAGGAAGGAGGACGAGGAGGAGGAGGAAGAAGUGGCAGCCGUGGGAAUGAAGAACAGCAAUCAGAAGGGCAAAGCAAAAGGAAAAGGCAAAAAGAAGGCGAAGGAGGAGAGAGCCCCAUCCCCACCCAUAGAAGUGGAUGAACCCCAGGAGUUUGUGCUCCGGCCUGCCCCUCAGGACCGGACGGUGCGCUGCAGGCUGACCCGGGACAAGAAGGGCAUGGAUCGGGGCUUGUAUCCCUCCUACUUCCUGCACCUGGACACAGAGAAGAAGGUGUUCCUCCUGGCAGGCAGGAAGCGGAAACGUAGCAAGACGGCCAAUUACCUCAUCUCCAGCGACCCCACCAAUCUGUCCCGAGGAGGGGAGAAUUUCAUUGGGAAGCUGAGGUCCAAUCUCCUGGGCAACCGCUUUACCGUCUUUGACAAUGGGCAGAACCCGCACCGUGGAGGAGGCAGCACUAAUGUGGGGAGCCUUCGGCAGGAACUGGCAGCUGUGAUCUAUGAAACCAACGUGCUGGGCUUCCGGGGUCCCCGGCGCAUGACAGUCAUCAUUCCUGGCAUGAAUACGGAGAACGAGAGGGUCCCCAUCCGGCCGCGAAAUGCCAGCGAUGGGUUGCUGGUGCGCUGGCAGAACAAAACACUGGAGAGCCUCAUCGAGCUGCACAACAAGCCACCUGUUUGGAACGAAGACAGCGGCUCCUACACCCUCAACUUCCAAGGUCGAGUCACACAAGCUUCAGUCAAGAACUUCCAAAUUGUCCACGCCGAUGACCCCGACUACAUCGUACUGCAGUUCGGGCGCGUGGCCGAGGACGCCUUCACCCUAGACUACCGGUAUCCGCUGUGCGCCCUGCAGGCCUUCGCCAUCGCCCUCUCCAGUUUCGACGGGAAGCUGGCCUGCGAGUGA